GGUUACUCUGUAUACGUAGACGUACACAGCAAUGAUAGCCUAUACAUGUUUUCUGGUAACAUUUCUGUUUCUGGAGAAAUUUCAGAUGGAAAAGUAGAACUGAAGCCUUACUUGCCCCCGAAGCCGUUAUUCUUACAUGGUUUUCGUGCAGGUUUUAAACAUUUAUAUGUGGACAGUAGUGGACGAGCUCAUUCAUCUCAUACUAGCUCACCAACCAUUACUAUUGCUGCUACUCAAGCUGUUGGAUCUUUAGCAUUCCAUAAGGCAGCCACAAUAAUUGGACUAAUGACCCGACACAUGUCAUCUUCAGUUUUUACAAGUGUAGCAUCAAAAGGGCAUGGCGUCGGUGUAUUUACUGAUCCAGAGAAAAUUACGGUGUUUCCUGAAUUUAAUUACCUGAAGUCUCCCGCUGGAUGUAGUCACUCGUGUUCUGGUUCCGUUUGUUCAAAAUCGUGUUACAGUGACGGAAGAAAAUACGAAGAUAUGCACGGUCUUACAAACAGUAUAUCGGGUAUUGUUGACGAUAACAUUUUGUGCAAUUCACACGACCCACAUCACGGUCUAGAGAAUAUUUUGGUGCACGAAUUUGCACAUCAAGUAUAUAACUACAUGCCAUCAAGUGAUAGAAACAAGGUGAAAUAUAUCUAUAAUCAAGACAAGCAACAUCAUACAUGGCAUGACCAUACUUAUGCUACCUCAAAUUCAAGAGAGUUUUGGGCAGAAGCUUCUGCAAGUUUCUUUCGUGUAUCCAUACGACCAAGGACGACAAGUGCAACUGGUGGAUUGAAUAUCUGCGAUUUUAACCAUGUAUGUAGAACCGAGCAGGAAAACAGGGAAUGGAUUAAAAAGCAUGACCCAACUUUAUACAACUUAUUAGCAAAAAUUUACACGAACAAUCGACCUUCAGUUCUCAGUGGAUUAAAAGUGUGUCAAUAAAAAUUAAAAGGGUCACAGAUAUUUUUACUGAAAUUUGUAAGACUUAUAAGCUAAGAACUAAUACAUUCAGAAGUUUAUACAUGGCUGUACAACAUUACCAAAGAUUUGGUGUAUAGAUAUUUCAACAGACAGUCGGUCAUCCAAUUGGUACUUAUUGUGCAUCUCUACUGGCCUAAUUAUUUUUUUAUUCAUAUGAAGCAUGCAUAACCUUCUCAAAGACAAAAAGAAAAAAAG